AACGCAGUCCAAGAUACGGAUAGUCGACAGGACAAUUUUGCCGGAAUAUCAGCUGAGAACAUAGACUUAAUUCACAAUAAUACAGAAAGUCUGAUGAUACUGUAUUGAAACAAUGUCAGUGAACAAACAGGAAGAAAUUAAUAGUUUAGAAAGUAGACUUAAAGAGCUGAGUAAAGAGUACAGUAAAAAAAUCAGAAAACUUGAGAAACACAACAGGGCAGCAGGGGCUCGUGCGUAUGUUCAGCAAAGACUUAAAGAGGAGGCUGAAAACACAGGGACUGCAGUGAGACGGCUUAAGUCUAGCUGUCGGAAACCUGCAGACAAAUCAGUGAGGCGACAUAAAAGUAGUGACUUGAAAGACAGGCGAAGAUCAACUGGCAGUUUGAAAUCUGAAGCUGUAUCAGUGCGGCACCAUACAUUUAGCAGUUUGAAACCUGCAGACUUACAGUCAAGGCACCAAACAUUUAGCAGUUUGAAACAUGAAGACACAUCAUUGAGAAACCAUACAGCCAGCAGUUUUAAAGAUAAAUUGAAACAUUUGAAUGAGGCUAAUGACAUUAAAAACAAAGACAACAGUAUUACAGCCAUAAGAACAAGUUCUUUUCCAAAAAUAGAAACUGAUUCUGAACAUUCUGUAAGUCAAGUUCUAAACAGCAAGUUAAGAAAACCAAUACAAGAUGAAAUAACUAGUAAACCAGUAGAAGCUGAAGAAGACAUUGCUAAUGUGAUGACUUGUGAACAGAAAUACACAGAUAGUGCAGACAGUCAAGAUAUAUUUAUGUCACCACCUAAACAUGCAGACAGUUUCAAAUAUGCAGAUAUAAACACUGAUAAUGAUACUGAUGCAGACCAAGUUAUUAUCGUACCAGGACAUGCGGAACAGGUUAGAAAUAGUGAAGUAUUAAGGCUGAAGAAUAGUUUGUCAAAAUUAAAACUUUCAAAGUACAAAAGGAAGAAUUUUGUUAAUCCUGUGAAAAAAGAAGACUUGAAUAUUAAACAGAAGUUUAAAAGAUUGAGUGUUAAAAAAGAGGAUGUCAAAAUACAUGCCUCAGAAUCUGUUUCAACUGAACCAAGUGAUGAUUCAGCAGUUUUCCAUGGAUCUAAAAUUACAGCUGGUGGCAUGGAGAAUAGAAUCUCCAGGAAUACUGGGGUCAUAUCCAGUGAAAUACAGGAUGACUCACAGAAUACUGCACAAGGAACAGUUUACAGCGAAGGACAAGUUAUUGUUUUUGAAAGGCAGUUAAGUAAUGAAGACAAAGAAAAUAAAGAUUUUAAAUCAAAGACUGCAAAGAGAUCUCAAAAAUCAAAAGGCAAUAUUGCUGUUGAUAGGAAAUCUCUUGAAAAAUUCACAGAAGCUGCCUCUGCCAUUUCUACUACUCUAAGUUCAACUGAAUCAUCAGUGUCAACAGUGUGUGAUAAUGACAGUGUAGAACAUUAUGAGGAUAGCACUAAAAUUAGGAGAAGGUCUGGAUCAAGAAAAAGACGAUCAUCUGGUUUUGAAGCACAACGUAGAUCAUCGAGGAUAGCAGGACAGCCUAGUCAAGAUUCACAGUCACAGUCUACUGAAUCUGAAGUUAUCUCCCCUUCAUUUGUAACAACAGGUGAAGCAGCAGCUAAAAAGAGAGUAAUUAUUUCUUCAGUAUUUCAGUGUCUUGUAGACGAAGGAAGAAGGAAAAGUGAUAUAGAAGAAUUCAGUGUUCCAGCUGAUGUUCUGGAAUCACAACUUAAACCAGACAAUGUUUCGAAACUUGAUGAUUAUGAUCAAACCUUUGAUGUACCUGUUACAAAAACACAUCAUAUACAUUCAGGAUCUAAGGAUCUUAUGGCCAUUGAAAAAGAGAAAACAUUUAAAUCUGAAUUUUCAAAAGAAAUUCAAACAGAUCUUUCAGAACUCUCUAAAGUUGUUACAGACAAUUAUGUAAGUAAUUCAGAAAAAGAGGAAGUAAUUUCACCAACAUUAUUUGAUUCCCAAUCUUAUGACAGCACUUUCAGAUUUAGCAAAGAAGAAGUUAUUAAUGAAGUAGAAUAUCCUCAUGGAAAAAGGGAAAAUGGACUCAAGAGCAAGGGAGAUAAUUGUUUAACAGACUGUGAUGUAGUGCAACAGUCAGACACAGAUCAGGGUGUAGACAUAGACCCUGGCACAAAAGUAAAAGAACCAUGUUUACAUCUACAACAAAUAGGAAGCUUUCAGGUUCCGAAAUGUGACUAUGUGCAUUCAGUGAUGUGUGUAGAGACAGUGUGUAAUGACCAGAUCCAGCCAUAUGUUUUAUGUUUAUGCUCUUCUUGUCUCAAGCUUUACACAGUAUGCAACAAUCAGUGGACUUGUGUAGCAAACACCAAGCUGGGAUUUAUUACAAGAAAGAAGUCUGGAAAUUUGAUGUAUUCUCUCCCAGACUGUGACACUGUAUCAGUAGUUUUGCUGGGCAUGAAAUCUGAUUGUAUAUGUAUCUACGUGUAUACAUACUUUCAGCAGAAAUGGAUACAGUCAGUGUUAGAUAAAGUAUUUUCUAAGAGUAUUCAGGUAUGUCCACUGUCUAAGAAUCAUGUUGUUAUCAGUUACUAUACAGAUGAGAGGACAUAUCUAAGCAAAUACUCCUUGGACACAGGUAGUGGACAGUGGUCAAGUGUCCAGUUAGAUAGUUCAGAUAAACAAAUAACACACCUUGUACGUGUGAGAGGUAUUGAUGCUGCUGUAUUGACUAUCACAAAGACUGCUGAAGUACAAAUAUGGAAUCAUGAGCAUGGGUAUCUGCUGUCGACUGUUGACGUAUCUGAUGUUUGUCCCCCUGAUCCAAUCUGUACUCUGGCUUUUGCUGAACAGGGUUUUCUGUUAGUUCCCCUACUGACCAGGAAGAAGAGUAUAGAAGCUGGAACAGUUGUGGUCAUCAAUCCCUGUAUGAGUACCUCGGAGACUUUAACAUCUAUAACAGUCCACGAUAAUUGGACAGGAUGCAUUAAUUAUUGUGUAAUGUCACAUGGUCUACUUCUGUGCCGACAGAACAAUGGUUGUAUUAGACUGUGGAAUGUUUACACUGGUUGUCUCCUUGCAACAGUCAAUGAUGUCAUAGUCACAUGCUUCUCAGCAACCAAUCAGCAUUUAGUGGCAGCUCAUAAACAGUGUGUACAUAUGUAUAAACUAAAUAUACCAAGUCUUUCAUAUUAAAAAUCAGUCCAUUGGUACUUAAGGAGGUAGGUUACCUUGUUACCAGGGUAAAUUCAAAUUAGUUGAACCGCAGUGAUUUUUUGUAUUUCGUGUAAUUUAAUGUUUUAACUGAUACAAUCUCAGUUUCGUUUAUCUCUAUCCCUUCAAGUACAAUUUAAUUCAAUUAUUAUCCAGGUUUGAAGUACAUGACCCUCUUAAGGUAUUUUAUAUAGAAAGAAGAAGGAAAAUACGGAUAUUUAACACUUUUCAGUGUGUUUUGGUUUCAAUGUUAUCCGUAGAAGUCUGCAUAAUUAAUAGUUUUACUAGUAUGCGCAUUAGCUUUCUAAUAAAAGCUUAAAAUGUAUAUGUCGCGGGGCUCGUGUUUCCAUGGUAACGCAUUUUCUCUCAUUUUUCAACAAUUAUGUAUGAAAACGGGUUUUUCGACGGCUUCAGUGCCAUUCUGUUAUUGACCAACAUGGAAUAUUUGGGUAUAUGAUUAGCAAAAGAA